AUGGCUUCUCAGCUCACGCAAGCCGAGCAAGAUGCGGUCCUUCGCUCUAGGUUGGCCGUACCGGAAAGGGCCCUUCGAAGCCUGAUGAAGCGCUUGACUUCCGUUGCUGCUCCUCUGCCUUCCAACGAGGGCGCCUCGAGUAGCGUCUCGAUCGAGGAUACGACGAUGAUGGGUGUCAGUGAAGAAGCUGCGACCGAGGAUGUCGAGCUACGGUGAGUGGUGCUCGUGCGGCCGAAUUGCUAUGAUGCAGCCAUGGUCUAUAUACGUCAUGCUAGUCGACACGGCUGGUUGCUGACCUUGUGCCGUACCUGUUCGCUCUUCUCAACGAUCAGAGCCACGCAAUUGAUAGCGCUCAAGACCGAUCUUGCCGCGUACGUUGCCAGUCUGAUCAGAUCAUCGAAGGUUGCGAGAAAUACCUGCACGGCGGAAGUCGAAAGUUACGAGGAAGAGGCGCACCAAAUCCGUGAGCUUUGAAGAGAUGGGUCAAGCGGCCCGAGGGAGAGACGAUGCAAGCUCUUAUCGGCUGUGAUGUUAAGCUGACUGAGCUCCCACGGGGCGCUUGACUUGCAGAGGAGGAGCAUGAAGCUGAUACGAAGAGGAUUGAGGAGCUGAAGAGGGAAUUGGAAGAGGCUAGAAGGGAGAGGGGCAACAAGCUGCUGUACGAUCAAGUGGUCGAGCGUAUGGGCAAGAUGGACAGUCGAAGAGGCUAUGCAGAGUGAGUAAAUAGAAACAUCAGCAGAACAAUCAGCAGGCCGAAGCUCGGACUUUCUGAAAUACGCUGACCUCCCGGACGAUCUCAGAUCGCUCGCCAGUCUUCGCGCUCAGAUCGUAACGCUGGAGAAGCGCAACGAACGACUGUCCACGCUCUCUAAAUCGUCCAAGGAUCAAUUCGAGAAUCUCUUCUCGCAGAUGAACUCGCUUGGCGAGUCUUUACGAGGCGUCAAGAUGAGUGGAGCCUUGGGCUCAGAUGAGGAAGAGAUUGAAUCCGAUUCGGAGAGCAGUGCAGCUUCUGACGCGGGCGAAGGGCCUGAAGAUCCCUCGAGCGGACCGACACAUUCCAAAGCGGAUGCUGCUUCGGGUAGUAAGAGAAGCUUGAACCCGGCUGCCACUUCAUUCACUCCAGCACGUCCAGCUUCGUCGUCUUCGGCGUCUGGCGAGAGGAAGAGGGCCAAUGCGGAGAGUGGGGAAAGCCGUAGCGCGAGGAGAGCAGGCACCACCUCUGCUGUGGUCGAUGAUGCACGUAAGCGACGGAGAGGUGGGACCUCUACGCCGCUGGCUGCGUCGACCAGAGCACCGAGCGUAGAAGAAGGCGAGGAGGAGGAAGGAGCAGUCUGA